AUGCAUCUGAAACGUUUCUCGCAGACUGAAGAGUUCAGUGAGAAACUGAACACAAUUGUCGACUUCCCCUUGAUCGGCUUGUACAUGAGCCUCUAUGCAGCUGAAGACAUCGUUCCAUGUCCUUACAAUCUGUACGCUAUGUCAAAUCACAGCGGUACCACCUACAGCGGACACUACACAGCCUACUGCGGACAUCUAUAUACGAAAAUUUGGCACGAGUACAAUGAUUCUCUUGUUUCCUCAAUGUCGUCGAGUUCUCUUGUCAGUGGGGAUGCUUUUAUUCUUUUUAACAAACCAGAGGCUGACCUCAAAUACGAACAACGUGAUGGAGACUCUGUGAAGGGCAACUGCUCCGUAGCUGAUCCUUGCACCCUUUGUACUGUCCACUAUUCCGCUGAUAACCACGACAUGUUCAACACAGUCGUGGAGAAGCAAAAAACUCAAGUCUACCCAGUUCCAGCUGCACACUCUGCUCCAGUACAAAAUUGA